CAAAAUUAAGACUUUUCUCUCUUCUCCGCUGGGUCGAUCUCUACGAGGUUCACUUGUACAGAUUCACUUGAACAACCGAUUCGCCAUGGCCACCGCCGUCACAGCACCGAGACUCAUCUCCUUGAAAUCCGCCGCGAAGCUAGGUUACCGUGAGAUCUCUCAGGUCCGGCAAUGGGCUCCGCUUCACUCUGCGAUGCCUCAUUUCGGAAUACUACGAUGUGGAUCGCGACAGCCGUUUUCUACCUCUGUUGUGAAAGCUCAAGCGACUGCUACUGAGCAAUCACCAGGCGAAGUUGUUCAAAAAGUUGAAUCUCCAGUGGUCGUUAUCACUGGUGCCUCUAGAGGGAUUGGUAAAGCAAUUGCUCUAGCCUUGGGGAAAGCUGGCUGCAAGGUCCUGGUGAAUUAUGCUAGGUCAGCAAAGGAGGCUGAAGAAGUUUCUAAACAGAUUGAAGAAUAUGGUGGCCAGGCUAUCACUUUUGGGGGUGAUGUCUCAAAAGCGGCUGAUGUUGAUGCAAUGAUGAAAACCGCUCUUGAUAAAUGGGGAACCAUUGAUGUUGUGGUUAACAAUGCAGGAAUUACUCGGGAUACCUUGUUAAUACGAAUGAAGCAAUCACAAUGGGACGAAGUGAUUGCUUUGAAUCUCACUGGUGUAUUUCUCUGUACUCAGGCAGCAGUAAAGAUCAUGAUGAAGAAGAGAAAGGGAAGAAUCAUCAAUAUCUCGUCAGUUGUUGGUCUCAUUGGUAAUAUUGGGCAAGCAAACUACGCUGCAGCUAAAGGUGGAGUUAUUGCGUUUUCCAAGACUAUUGCCAGAGAAGGUGCGAGCAGGAAUAUAAAUGUCAAUGCGGUUUGCCCCGGAUUCAUUGCAUCUGACAUGACUGCCGAGCUUGGAGAAGACAUGGAAAAGAAAAUCCUGGGAACAAUCCCAUUAGGACGGUAUGGAAAACCGGAAGAAGUGGCUGGCUUGGUAGAAUUCUUGGCACUCAGUCCUGCAGCCAGUUACAUAACCGGACAGGCAUUCACCAUUGACGGAGGUAUUGCUAUCUAGACAUUUGGUAUGAUUCGGCUUUUGUUUAGUUAAAACAAUUUGGUUAAACAGACAAAGUUGAGUUCUUUCUAGCAAUUGGUCGGAUUUUCUAUUUUGCGGUUUCUGUAUGGAAUUAUCUAAAACUCACUGCUUAAACUACGUAUUUGGCCACUUCAACUUUUUCGUAAACAGAGUAGAGAACUUUGCCAGAUAAUAUUUUGUACUUUCCCUUUGUUUUGUUUGAAGAAAAUAGCAAAGCAGCC